UAUGGUGAUGACCCGUCUUUUAAGGUACCAGUAUGCCUACUUUACUAGGGCACGUAGAAUAUAGUAUACGGUUGCUAUACAGGGCAUAGACCCCAACAAGUGCGUCUACUUAUUUUAGACUGGCGCUUAAAAUGAAAGGCUCAGAGGAAGCACUGGAUAGGAAUAAAGUAACGAAGAGCUAUGAGACGUUCAAUGACACCACAACUCAACUAUUCAAAAUACGGUGGCUGAUGCUGCUAUUGUUUUGCCUCUUCUCUAUGAGCAAUAACUUCCAGUGGAUCCACCUGAACAUCAUUGGGAACAUUAUAUUACGCUACUACAAUGAGAGUCUUCCAGGGGACGAGUUUCAGCAGCAGCUGGCAGUGGACUGGCUGUCUAUGAUCUACAUGCUGGCCUACAUCCCCCUGAUCUUCCCUGCAACAUGGCUGCUGGACAGGAAGGGACUGAGGGUCACCUGUGUUGUGGGCACAUUCCUGAACUGCACAGGUGCUUGGCUGAAAUGUGCCAGUGUGGAACCUUCCAGAUUUGGAUUCCUUAUGUUUGCUCAAGCCAUCUGCUCUGUGGCACAGAUCUUCGUCCUGGGGAUCCCUCCUCGACUGGCCGCCGUGUGGUUUGGGCCAAAUGAGGUCUCCACGGCAACUGCCCUGGGAGUUUUUGGAAAUCAGGUGGGUGGUGCCCUAGGUUUCUUGCUGCCCCCUGUGAUAGUGAAGAACCACGACGACCUGGAUCUGGUAGGACAGGAUCUCAGUGUUAUGCUGUACUCUUCAGCGGGGGUAACAUCGGCAAUAUUCAUAUCGGUACUGAUAGUAUUUAGGAAAGAACCGCAUGUGCCUCCUAGUGUAGCCCAAGCUGUUAUUGUGAGGCAGGCAGCAGAGGAAAAAUACACUGAGUCUCUACUGCGUUUGGUGAAGAACAAAGGUUUCAUGUUACUAAUGGUCACCUAUGGUAUGAAUGCAGGCACCUAUUAUGCAAUUAGCACGUUACUCAAUCCAUUGGUACUUCGAUAUUGUGAGAACUGUGAAGAAGAUGCCGGCCGCAUUGGUCUUACAUUGGUUCUGGUGGGAAUACUGGGCGCCAUCAUAGCUGGACUGUGGUUGGAUAAAACAAAGAAGUUCAAACUGACUACGGUGGCGAUCUACUUCAUGUCAAUGGCGGGCAUGGUCCUGUUCACCUUCACCUUGGACCAGGGUUUACUCUGGCUUCUCUACCUCUGCGGAGGAAUACUUGGUUUCUUCAUGACGGGUUACCUUCCAGUGGGUUUUGAGUUUGCAGCAGAGCUCACGUACCCGGAGUCGGAGGGAACAUCAUCGGGACUCCUGAACGCCACGGCUCAGCUUUUUGGCAUCGUGUUUACGACGUUGAUGGGCACCUUGCUGAGCAGAUAUGGCCCGCUUGCUGCUAACUCUCUGGCAUCAGGUGCCUUACUUCUGGGAGUUAUUGCCACAGCACUUAUCCGGGAAGAUCUUCGGCGACAGGAGGCGGAGAAACAGAAGAAAUUGCCGGACGACAUUCAGGUUCGCCAUCCAAAGUCCUCGGCAACAGAGUUAGUUGACACUUCAAGACCGUGAAAUAGCGCCAGCACAACCGUGUGUACAAAACCUGAAUUUUCCUGACUUUCUCUAUGCUCGAAGUUAAUUGACAUGUGAAUUGAAGUCGAAAGCAGAAGUAUCAGGAUAUGUUUUAUUUAAACCAUUCCAUAAGCACAAAGAAAAACACACAUGUUACUUCAAUUUAAUAUUCAAUAUAAUAUUAAAAUAUUCAAUAUAAUAUAAGUGACUGUGUUAAUUGGCUGUAUCCGUUCCUCCCAUUUAGUGAGAUUAAUUUUACUGUAGAUCUGUGAUCACAAUAAAAAUCAGAUAGAAAUGGUUUAUUAUUUAUUUAUACGUGUAACUUUUCGAAUACACCAGAAAUGCACCAGAAUAUUUACUGAUUCAUGUUUAAUAUUUUUCAAGUUUUAUUCCUCUGAGACGGUUAAUCUAUCUAUAUUUUAUUCAUAAUUCAAAGAUAAAUUGUAGUCUUAGCAAAAUACCACAAAAGCAAAGCCCUGAUCUUAAAAAACAAGUAUAGAAUAUGCAAGUGCAGCGCAUUCUGAGCAUGUGGUUGCCCACACGCCAUGUAUGUUUUUACCCAAUAAAUUCCACAAGUGCGCUAAAGAAUGUGUGUAAACCGUAAAAGAGUCUAAGACCCCAUUCCCAUAGAUUUUAGAUCGAUCUAUCCCUGUGGGGAGUCUCACUAGAUAACUGUC